AUGCCUGUUCGAACCAAGCUUCGCAAGAGAGGUUUAGAUGUGGAUCCUUUAUGCCCAUGGUGUGGGAUUGAGGAGGAAUCAAUUCCUCAUGUGUUGCUCGAGUGCUUCUGUAUUAGGAGGGUUUGGUUUGCUGUUUUGGGUGUUCAUGUGACAGGGGCAACAUCUUUUCAUGCAUCGGUAUUGCAAAUAUUGGAGGGGGUGGGGGCUGAGAUGGUGGCCAGGUUCUUCACGACAGUGUAUGCUAUUUGGGAGGCCAGAAACGCCUGCGUGUUUGAGGAUAGGGAGCUGUCCAUUGGUGCGAUUAUGGACCGUGUGCGUGCAUUGGAGGCGUUUCCACGUCCAACGGUUCUUCCACGUUCGUCUAUUCACACCGGGGUUGCUACAUGGAACCGGCCUGCAGCUGGGUGGAUUAAGGUGAAUUUCGACGCUUCUGUUCGACGUUCCAUGGCGGGGUUUGGUAUGGUGGCGCGGGAUGAGGAGGGUAUGAUCCUUGCGGCAGUGACUUUAGCUUCUGUGAUGAUGCAAUCAGCAGGUUUGGCAGAGGCACUUUGUCUGAGAUGGGUGAUGAGUCUUGCUCUAGAGCUUGGUUUCUUCAAUGUCUGUUUUGAGACGGAUUCUCUUCAGCUUUUCCAGUGGUGGAGGAUCCGCAGCAGAGGAUGCUCUUAUUUAGAUUUAAUUAUUUCUGAUUGUCGUUCUUUAGUUUCAUCUUUUACUCUGAUGGAUCUUUUGUUUGUUCGUCGUUCCGGCAACACUGCCGCUGACUUUUUAGCCCGGGGAGCCUCCUCUUUUGCUGUUUGGAUAGAGGAAGGCCCUCCUGGUCUUGACACUUUUGUUGCUUCUGAUGCUUUGGCUUCGAUGCCGGCUUGA